GCGGCAAUAGAUAACCAAUCGCUGAAUCCAAGAGGCGUAACCUCCCUACAUAUUGUACUCUUUGUUCCAUUUGCAGGAUCGUUGCAUUCUGUCGCAGAUCGUCUUUCUUCGAAUAAGGCAAAGGAAUCGUAAGCUACCAUCCACAAUGUCGAAGGAGGCCCCACGUGAACCCGAGCAGCUCCGCAAACUGUUCAUCGGAGGUCUGAGCUUCGAAACCACGGAUGAGAGUUUGCGGGAACACUUCGAACAAUGGGGAUCUCUUACAGAUUGUGUGGUCAUGAGAGAUCCAGCCAACAAACGCUCUAGAGGUUUUGGGUUUGUCACCUACUCCGGUGUGAACGAGGUCGAUGCUGCCAUGGAAGCACGCCCCCAUAAGGUUGAUGGUAGGCUGGUAGAGCCCAAGAGGGCUGUUUCCAGAGAGGACUCUAGCCGUCCAGGUGCUCAUGUCACAGUGAAAAAGAUAUUUGUUGGAGGUAUCAAGGAAGACACUGAAGACUCCCACCUACGAGACUACUUUGAGCAAUUUGGCAAGAUUGAAGUAAUAGACAUUAUGACCGACCGCACCAGUGGCAAGAAGAGGGGCUUUGCCUUUGUCACGUUUGAUGACCAUGAUGCAGUGGACAGGAUUGUCAUCCAGAAAUACCACACUUUGAACGGUCACAAUUGCGAAGUGAGGAAAGCAUUGUCCAGACAGGAGAUGCAGACAACAGGAGUGGGUAUGAGGGGUGGCCGCGGAGGUGGCGGUAACUAUGGCAGAGGUGGGGGAUAUGGAGGUAAUGAUUUUGACCGUGAUGGUGGAUGCUUCGAUGGCCGUGGAGGCAGGGGGGGUGGAUACGGAGGAGGAGAUGGCGGUUACAACAAUGGUUAUGGGGGAGGUGACGGUGGCUAUGGUGGAGGCCCUGGUGGUUAUGGCGGCGGUAACCGCGGCUAUGGGGGGGGGCAAGGUUAUGGCGGAGGACAGGGUGGCGGCUACGGUGGUGGAAAUGGCUAUAACGACUACAACAAUGGCAAUGGUGGAAACUUUGGCGGCGGGAACUUUGGCGGUGGUGGUGGCGGCGGCGGCGGCAACAACUACAAUGACUUUGGCAACUACAACAACCAGGCUUCCAACUACGGCCCAAUGAAGGGUAACAACUUUGGAGGCAGCGGUGGAGGUGGUGGGGGUAGCGGUGGUGGCAGCAGUGGUGGAAGCGGUGGUGGCGGUGGUGGCAGGAGUAGCGGUCCAUAUGGAGGUGGAUAUGGCGGUAACUCUGGAGGUGGCGGCGGCGGUGGAUAUGGCGGGGGCUCCGGUGGACGACGAUUCUAAAUGUUUGAGGACUCAGUACUUAGGAGAGGAGAGCGAGACAAAUGACAGGGCAGCUGCAGGUUUACACCCUAGAUCUGCUCAGCCAAACAGUUGUGGCAGGUUACAGCUGCUACAAGAAGAGAUGUGUACAAUAGAGAAAUCAUGGAGGGGCUUCAUACAUUUUUCUGUACUGUCAAACAGGUUUCUUAUGUUUCUGGAAAGCAAGCAUUCCGAUGAGGUUUUAUGUAGAUUUUGCAUCUAUGGUUUUUAUUUGUGUAACUGCAACAAUCAAGUUGAAAUAAACCACCUUUCAGUUUUUUAAAACUGUC